CCAGAAUUGGUUACCAGGAGGCCACUAGGUGAGCGACUUGGGGGAGAGGGGGAGGAACUGGCGGUGUCAACGGUCCUCCUACAUCCCUCCUAAAGGUGCAGAUCUGAGAUCGAGCCCCUAAAGAGUAACCUUCAAUCUCUCAAACUGGAAUCCCCUGCCAAGAUGGAGAGGACGAGCCAGAGCUCAUUGAAGUUGUCCCCAGGCAAUCUAAUAGGAGAGAAAGACAUCCUUCAACUGCAGGAAGUUCAGCAGGGGCUUGACCACCCCAGAGAAGACAGGUCCGUGGGGCUGGAUUCUGGAGCCCUGCCUGCUGAAGCCCUUUCUGCUGCAACAGACUUAGACCCACAGAUUUCUCAAAUGGAGGAUCUCCAAGCUUUUGAUAGAGCUCCUGCUGGGAUGAGAGGAGACCCUUUGGAGCCUUGCCGAUCCACCAAUGAGAAUGCAGAGCCACUCCAGUCUCCCAUCCUCUGGCACUGCCCUGAUGGAAGCUUUGUCAAGAGGAUCAUGGUUCAGGGCCAGGGCUUGGAUAAACCCAAAGGGGGCUCCCAAUGCCAGGUUUUAGUAUCUGGGCUUCCCCCUGGAGUGGGUCUGCCUGAAGGCUGGACAGAACUAACUGUGGGAUCAGGACCAUGGAGAGAUAGUCCCUGGGGAGAAGUGUUGGAGAAAUGCCUAGAAACCAUGUGUUCAGGUGAACAGGCAGAACUCUUGCUCCCUGGUGGAGCUGAACCCCCUGCCUUGAUCACUCUGGCCUCCUUCACCUUGGGCAAGGAUUCUUGGGAGUUGUCAGCCAGGGAAAAAGAAGAGCUAGCUUCAGAGGAGCGAGCUAGGGGCACAGAAUUGUUCAGAGCUGGGAACCCCGAGGCAGCUGCUAGGUGCUAUGGCCGAGCUCUCCGGCUGCUGCUGACUCUUCCCCCACCUGGCCCUCCAGACCGAACCAUACUUCAUGCCAAUCUAGCUGCCUGCCAGUUACAACUAGGGCAGCCUACCUUGGCAGCUCAGAGCUGUGAUCGAGUACUAGAACGAGACCCAAGACAUGUGAAGGCACUCUACAGAAGGGGAGUGGCCCGGGCUGCCUUUGGGGAACUGGAUGGAGCUGCUGCUGACUUACGGAGGGUGCUGGAGGUGGAACCAGGAAACCGGGCUGCCAGAGAGGAGUUGGGGAGGGUGGUGAUCAGGGGGAGAGAACAGGAUGCAGGGCUGGCUCGGGGGCUUCGAAAGAUGUUUGGCUAAUUAAAAAUCAGAACUUAAAAGAGAGAACAAAAAUGAUGUGAUUUGUGGUCUAUAUUGUUAGGGAGAAGGCUUUGGAGUCACAUGGAUUUAGAAGAGAAAGGGAUUGUUGGGUUUCACUUCAUAUCGGAUUCUUCUACUUGCUGACCUGGAAAAAUAGUUUCCCUGGCCUUCAGCUUCCAUUCUUUCCUUUCACUUUGUGUUCUGGCCUCAUUUUCCUCCCUUCACAAUCUUGAGCCUGUGGUUGACCAGUUCAGUGAUAUACUACUAAUUUCUACUUGAAUCAUUGCCACUCCUGAUUUGCUACUCCCUAGCUCUGGGUUCAUCUCAUCAUCUGUCUACUGCUAAUUAUAUGUUCAGUACUGAGAUUGAGCCCUGCAAAUUUAUAUUAUCUAAUUUGAUCUCAACUGAACCCUCACUGCUCUACUGCAAUCCUUUAUUUAUCCAUCUUACAAUGGCUAUAUGGCUAUUUCACUAUUUCUCAGACUCUCUAUUCUAGACCAACACUGGUUUGUUCAUGCUAUAGCCUUGCUUAAAAUAUCUUCAGUGAAAGUACAAACUCCUUAGCUUGGCAUUUAAAUCCUUCAAGAAUCUGGCUUCACUAACAUUUCUGGACUUUAUAUUACU